AUGCAGUUCUCUCCCUCGACCCAGCGGCAGCAGUCUCCUGAGCGGCGGCUCUCGCCAGAGAGGCGACAGGAGAUACUGAAAAGUCGGAUUCCUCAGCCAACUUUCCAUUCAGCCAGGAGGUCUGUCCACGAGUCGAUCCGUGCCGUACGGUACAACCCAAUGGAUCGACUUGCCGCUUCUCUUGAUGCCGGUCAGGUAAACUCGUCCUCGAACUGGCCAUUUAAGGCGGACAGUUCUUUUUCCAAAAUUUGGGCAAACAACCAGAAUAGCCCAGGGAAAGAUGCGAUCCCUCUGGUCGAGAUACGACCCCAAAAGCGAGCCACGAUGCCGAUCGAAGUUUGCACCUCUGGCUCGUCAAAUGGAAGCGAGGGAGUGAGAGUCUCCAACGUUUUUUGUCGCGAGUUUCCAAGUGCCUCCAUUGAUGCCCUUGCUGGCGAGACUCAAAUCGCCAUCCCCUGCGCCACCUGCAGUUAUACAUCAGAAGGCCCAAGCAACGACGAGCCUGCAAAGAACAAAGGUCUCUCGUCCAAUGAUUUCGAGACAAACCCAAGAACACCUAGGAGUAACUAUCAACAAGCGGAACCUGAUGCUUCUGCUGGUGGCUGCCAACAGUCUUCAAUUACCCGGCGCAACCAGCAGGAUUUUGGGAACCUGAAGCCGGAAAAAGUCGAGACACAAGGCUCAGCAUCCGGUGACGCUCGUUCUAGUCAUCCGAGCAGUAUCAGAAGACCUGGUCGCUUUAGUCGCUUAAGUACCAGACUGAGCAACUUCUUCACGUCGGACUCAUUUGUGGAAGAGCUUCGUAAGGGACCAGUCAUCCGCCAUCCUCCUUUGGAGCUAAUUUCGGGUUUGGAAGGGAUCAAGAACGCAGAGCGACUGCCAAAAAAUCUUAGAGAGUUGUGGGGCUUGGAUCGUCUGGAGAAAAUGCUCCUAGCCUGCUUGUUACUUCUCGUCGCGGGACUCAUCAGCUCGGCGUCUAGCAUUACAGCUGUUGUGAUGUCCAAUGGAGACGACCCUUCGCGGAUUACUAUGAUAGCAUGGAUGACUGUUAGCAUCUCAUUUGUCAUGGUUCUUGCUCUGAUUGUUGCUUUCGGUUGGAUCCACUAUCGAAAGACGAGCAAAACGUUAGUCGACGAUGAGUUGUGGAUUCAAGUGCAGCGUCGAGACAGGCCUUUACCUCCCCUGCCACAGGACGAAGAUAAGAAGAAUGACGAAACAACCAGUGCAGCCUGGACGAAGUUUGCAGCGGAUCAAGAACAGCUUCGUCGAUAUGUCGAGAGACUCGAGAGCCGAGUUGCCAAGCUCGAGAAUCAAGAAUCGGGAACUUCACAGAGCAAUGACGAGCCGAAUGCUCUGGACAAUGGUUCCAACAGCCAAUGUCGGAGCAUUUUCAAAAGCAAAGGCAAGCAAAGGCUUGUCAGAAGUAAGCGUGAACAUAAUGCUAGUGAUGACGACAAUACAGCCACCAAGCCGAAAAACUCGCUCAAAGAGUCCUUGUCGCGCAGGGAAUUGCUGAAACCGGACUCGGAAAACGGAUCCAGUUCUGAGAAUGAAGGGAGUCAUGGUUUCGGCAUUCCUAGGUCGGAUACCAAAGUGAGCAUCCUGACUGAGCUUUGCGAGGCUGUGGCAGAGAGCUACAGCCCUCUCAACGAGAGAGGUGCCCGGACCUCUUCCGCCAGUCCUGCGGCUUUUGGCAGCUAUUCGCAAAACGAGGCUUGGCCUAUGACCUGUGGAAGCAUGAUACCUGAGACAACACCCAGGAGUUCCAUCCCACCCGACUCAUUGAGGGCAAGCAUUCCUCCAAGCGACGCCUCAUCAAGCCGAAGCCGUGGAGCCAUCCACACCGAUACGACCCCUCGCGCCUCCUCUAGUACCAAACCGCUUUUGAAGCGGUUGAACAUCAACGCCCCUGCUCUCAACCGCCUUAGCACUUUGCGCAAGGUUGAGCAAGCUGAAGAGGAUGACAACAUGGGCCCAUCCAACUGA